GUCCUCGAAUCCGCCUCCGUUUGCGAUUCACCACUCGAUUGCAUGGGACUGAGACUUUUUCGUGGGGGCGACACAUCUCUGAAAAUUGGGGAAGAGUUGACACGAGCUCUAGUGGAAGAGACAGAUCAGGACGUUAAUGGAAGAGGAAAAAAAGGAUCAUUGGAGUCAUUCGACGACCUUGUCAAGGAGAUGACGUUAAAACGCCGUGAUAUAAGGGCGUUUGCUUCCGUAACUAAGAAGAUGCUGUUGCAGAUGGAGCGUAAAGUCCAAUCAGCGAAACAUCAUGAGUUAGUGUACUGGCAUUUAGCCUCUCACGGUAUUCCCAAAAGCCUUCAUUGCCUUUCCCUCAGAUUAACUGAAGAGUACUCUGUAAAUGCAAUGGCUCGAAUGCGUUUGCCUCCGCCUGAAUCCGUCUCUCGUUUGACCGACCCAUCUUUUCACCAUAUUGUAAUCUUGACCGACAAUGUCCUGGCUGCCUCUGUCGUCAUAUCUUCUACUGUACAGAACGCUGUGAAUCCCGAGAAGUUCGUCUUUCAUAUUGUUACCGAUAAAAAAACCUAUACCCCUAUGCACGCUUGGUUUGCUAUCAACUCUGCUUCAUCGCCAGUUGUUGAAGUAAAGGGACUUCAUCAGUAUGAUUGGCCUCAAGAAGUGAAUUUCAAAGUUAGAGAGAUGCUGGACAUCCACCGCUUGAUUUGGAGACGGCAUUAUCAAAAUUUGAAAGACUCUGAUUUUAGUUUUGUUGAGGGUUCUCAUGAGCAGUCCUUGCAAGCUCUAAAUCCUAGCUGCCUCGCCCUUUUGAAUCAUCUUCGCAUCUACGUUCCCAAGCUUUUUCCAGAUCUCAACAAGAUAGUGUUGUUGGAUGAUGAUGUAGUAGUACAGAGCGAUCUUUCGUCUUUAUGGGAAACGGAUCUCAAUGGUAAAGUUGCUGGUGCUGUCGUUGAUUCGUGGUGCGGAAACAACUGUUGCCCGGGAAGAAAAUAUAAAGACUAUUUCAACUUCUCACAUCCUCUGAUCUCAUCAAGCUUAGUUCAAGAUGACUGUGCUUGGCUUUCUGGUAUGAAUGUCUUUGAUCUCAAAGCCUGGAGACAAACCAAUAUCACAGAAGCUUACUCUGCAUGGUUAAGACUCAGUGUUAGUUCAGGACUACAAUUAUGGCAACCAGGAGCUUUACCACCGACAUUACUUGCUUUCACAGGACUCAUACAGUCUCUUGAACCAUCAUGGCACGUCGCUGGACUAGGUUCUCGAUCCGUAAAAUCCCCUCAAGAGAUUCUGAAAUCUGCUGCGGUUUUACAUUUCAGCGGUCCAGCAAAACCGUGGCUAGAGAUCAGUAACCCUGAGGUGCGAUCUAUUUGGUAUAGAUACGUAAAUUCCUCCGACAUCUUCGUUAGAAAAUGCAAAAUCAUGAACUGAGAUUAAAAGACAGAUUAGAAACAAAUAUAAAGAAAAGAGAAAACUGAGGGAUAAAGCCAAUACUUGCGGCUGUAUGAGAGAACAGAGGGAAGAAGGUUUAAGCCUUCAGCCUCUGCUCAUAUUUCUCUCAUGUCCAUAUACUAAACAGUAAUUUAGAUAAAGGACAAUUUCAAAU